AUGAGUGUCGAGACUCCUAUAUCACAAAGGAAAAUAGGUUCAGAGCCAAUAAGGCCGCAUAAUAGACGACGCCGAGAUAAUACAGAACAUGCGUUAAUGCGUAGCAGGAGGAACCUGACAUUACAAAUAGAGUCCGAGUCUGAACGAGACGAAGGCAUGAAAAUAAAUAAUACAAAUCGAUCCGAGGAAUCAACAGCUCGCGUUGAAAAGCUAGGCAGUUUAAUAAGAUUAAUUAAGAAUCAUGAAAGAAUAAAAUAUACAUAUCCACCGGAACCUCUAUUACGAGGCCUAAGAUUUUGUGUAUCAGAUCCUGUUAAAGAAGUACGUUUGGCAGGAUACCGAGCACUACGAUACUUGGUUGUUGACGCGAGCAGGGUAGAGAAAGUUAUAAAUCUACACUAUGAUAUAUUUAUUAUGAGGUCUUUAGCAAAAGAUCCACGAAAUUUUAACGAUGAACGCGCACAGGUAUUAAAACUUAUAAGAUCUUUUACUGAUGUGCCAGAUGGCACGAAAUAUAUACCGUUAGGAGUGAUGCGCACUGUUGUGUCAAUAGCCGAACAAGCGGACGAGAAGUUACGGAAUAUUUGUGUGAUGACAUUAGCUGAGAUGGGUGAGUUAUUUGUUGAUCGGUUGGUAGCAACAGUGACUAUGGUUAAAGAAAUCAUUAUUCGAGAUCCUAAAUUAGUAACACAGUGCGGAGGAAUGCGAAUACUGUUGCAGUCUCUAGUGGACGGACCUUUAGAACUUUCAGAAUAUCUGGUGUUAGCGAUACUAUAUGUCGUCGAUACACCGGAAUCAAGAAAAUGUAUUCGUCCAGGAGUAGAUUUAGAGAUUGUUCUUUCCGGAUUCACUGAUAUUUGUAGCAAGACCCCAAAAUCGGAUCAACAAAUAAAAGCCAGCUCCCGGGCAAUUUCAAUCCUCCUUAAAUCGUGGACCGGGAUCAUUUAUUUAUCUAUGGAUAAUAAGCAAGCUAUCAGAUCGAUUGUUGAGUCGUUAAGGAUCACAACUGACGAGUCGAGGGCUGUAUAUGGUCAGCCGCCUCCUGAAGAAGAAAACAAUAUUAUGCAUAACGAUAACAACUACGACUAUGACGGAGUAGUAGCACCAUUAUCAUCAAAUUCAAAUGAUCGGCUUAAUCUGCUUGAUCAUCAUUUGGUGAUAUUGUUGGUGAUUUUUAUUGAUUCGGGUUUACUUGAGGCGUUGAUUGAAAUAAUUGAGGAUAAAAAUCAACAGGUUGCGCGAAAAGCUACUCUUUUAAUAGGCGAAAUUCUGCAGCUGUCAAAUCGAUUGCUCUCAGUAUCUCGCUCUAUAAAAAUACAAUCUCUUCCAAAGCUUUUCAACCUCGCAAUGAAAUUUGAGAACGAAGUAGUCCGCCAUAACGCCACGGCGGCUCUCUCUCACAUCGACAACCUAAACCGUAUACGAAUCGGAUUACAAUCCAACGACGGUAUCUCUGAACUCGGGGCAAUCGGUGCUGCCGCAACAGCUCUCGAAGAUCGUCGCAGACGCAGUGCACGACAAGUAGAGAAUGUGAAAAUAAAAAUGGGCAUACAAAUUGACGACGUCCAUUUCCGAAACAUGCUCUUGGAAACCCAGGUGUUGACGGCGAAGGAUUAUACUCAGUGGAAAUGGGAGACUUUGAUGGAGUUGUUGCAGGGACCGUUGCUUAAUCCACGGAGAUUAGAGGAUGCUAUAAGGUCAAAGUUCUUGAAGCGGUUAAUUGGGUUCUUUCGUCCAAAUAGUUAUAGGUUUGCGAAUAUAAAGAAAACGAUGGAAACACAACGUUAUGUACGGCUGGGUUGUACGCUUGUUACAACACUAUUGGCCAAUACAGACGGCCUGAAAUUUCUGGAAAGCAAUAAAUUCUUGAGGCAGAUAGCCGAUGGAUUAACACAACUUGACCCUAUCAACGGCACCGUGGAAUCGGAACCAUUAUUUUCUAAAGAACGAAUAGAAAAUACACUUACCUCUGGAUACUUUACCAUGUUAGGUGUCCUCAGCAAGUCUAAAGAAGGGGUUACUAGAAAAAUUCAAGAUUUUCAAUACAUUCUAUCAUUUAAGCGAACUAAGAAGUCGCGAGGACUUGAUAAAGACUAUUAUUACAAAUUUGGAUUAUACCCUAAAAAUUUUUUUGGUAGAGAUGGUCAUCCGCGUAUUAUACUGUCGAAAGUCAUGACUUCUGGGUAUAAGCAAAUGCGUUUAUAUGCCACCAAACAUCUCGGAAUUAUUUUACGCAGUUCCACCAAAAAGUUCAGUGAUUGGGGAAUUCGAUUGUUAAUUACACAGCUCUACGACCCCGCAAUGGAGGAAGUGUGCGAAAUGGCGGUCAGAGUACUCGAAGAAAUAUGUAAACACAAAGAAAAUCUCGAAUUGCUCGUAAAACUACGACCGAGCCUCGACCACUUAGGCGAAGUCGGAAAUCCGUUACUUCUGAGGUUUUUGUCGACGUCGAUUGGGUUUCGGUAUCUUUCAGAGUUUGAUUAUGUGGAACGGGAGAUGGACGAUUGGUUUCAGAGUCGAAACCAGUAUUAUGUCACACAACUUGAAGUUUUGUUAGCUACUGCACUAAAACUCGACGGUGAUAACGGCAAAGUUGAGGAGGACGAUAUAAGAAUGCAAACAUUCGACGGCACGACCCCGCCACACUUUUAUGGCGAACUAGCAAAAACAGAAGAAGGAUGCCAACAAUUACGCGAAUCGGGACAUUUUCGUGAAUUUGCUCGGUUCGUAAAAGAGUAUGGGAUGGAACGGUCGGAUCAGUUGGCUAUUUCUAAAUUGAAGUCUGUUCUUUGGGCGUUGGGUAACAUUGGUGCAUCCAAAAGCGGACUGCCGUUCUUGGAGGAAGAAGACAUUAUUAAGGAUAUAGUUAAAAUUGCACAAGAAUCCGAAGUCCUUUCGUUAAAAGGGACAUGUUUUUUUGUUCUAGGCUUAAUCGCAAAAACAGCCCAAGGCGUCGAAAUCCUCGAAGAACUUGGUUGGGAGUGUGUUUAUGAUGCUGAUACUGGAAUUGGGACGGGGUUGAGUGUUCCUACGGAUCCGCAGGAAUUUCUUUCGUUUCCAAAAUGGACAUACAACGGCUCUCUCUCUGCUACAUCAAAUCGACCAUUAAUGCCCAGUAGUCCAGUAGAACGCGACCUAUUACGCGCGUUAACGAAUUUGACUAAUCGGAUAUUAUCUAAUAAGGGAUGUAAGAGUUUACAAAAAAUAAGAAACCAACAUCCCGAAAUAUUCACGCGCUUAAACACAUACUUGAAAGCCUGCCAAAUGCUCUCGUCCUAUCAAUAUCGACUACCAACGCGUAGACUUAUCAGUGAGUUGUUUGACGUAAAGUAUACGCCGCAGGCUCUUGAUGAGCUUGAUCAGUUGAUGGCCGAAUCACAAAAAGUCGAAGAGGAGGAUAAUGAUAAUGAACCUGUGGAGGUAGUGAUUGAAGGGGGAAACAAUGUGAAUUCGACAUUCGAGAAUGGUAACCAUCAUAAAGAAACAACAGGAGACGUCGAUGCUCCGUCACAAAAACGCAUCAUGUUCAAUCGUGCACAUCGUGGUAGCGAUGGACUGGUAGCUGUGAUGUCUGACGAUCAGAAUGAUACAGGUGCGGAGGAAGUCAUACCGAAACAGACUUUGACACCUUUGAUUGUGAUUAAAGGAUUUAAUGUGUGA